GACAAGAAGAGUGUUAAAGUUUAUUUCGAUGACAGAAAAAAUUUAAGUGCCUACUAUACCUGUUUGUUAUACAUUGUUUACAAGUCAGAAAACAUGUUACUACUGUUAUCAAUGACUACUGUUCUGUUGAGUGUUGCAGCACAACAUAACUUAACACCGUAUGGCAAUGCUACUCAAAGUUCUUCAUACUUAACUGCUCCUGUAAAUGCCAUACAUCCACCUAUAGCAAAUACAUUUUCCUUUCCUUACUGUUCUCUCUCGAACAUUCAGACAACUGCGGCUUGGUGGAUGUUUCAAUUCUCUUUUGGAACUGCUUACAUUACAGAUAUAGCUAUCUAUUACCGAGAAAACUAUGCACAUCGCAUGGAUGGGUUUAAGUUAUAUGUGACCAAUACAUCAACAAUUCCACCUGAUGUUAUCUUUGCUAUGAGGAUCCUGAUCCAGGUCUGCCAAACAUCACACAAACUAUUCCUUGUAACCAACUUGGAAAAUAUGUCAUCUAUUUCGAUGAUAAAGGAUCACAACACCAUGGACCUGUAGUUGAACUGUGUUAUGUUGCCAUUAAUGGUUGUCAAAACAGCUUUUGGGGAAAUAAUUGUGAUAAAAUGUGUUCAGAAAAUUGCAUAGAACGACAUUGCCAUCCCGAAAAUGGUUCUUGUGUUUGGGGUUGCAACACUAAACAUUGCUUAAAUGAUAUUUGCGAUAUACA